CGAGCCGCCCCUGCCGCCCGGCCCUGCCCGUAGGGCGUCGGGGCCCGCAGCCCGGCCGCGCCCCCCGUCAGCGCCCCUCCCGCCGGUUCUGAAGUGGAGUAGGAGGCGGUGGUCCGGAGAGCUCCCGUCCGCCAUGAAGGCGGAGGCGGCCGCCUCGUCGCAGGAGCCCCCGGCCGGGCCCGACGGUGGCGUCAGUAACCUGCUGAGUAGCCGGAAGCUGGUGGCCGUGGGGGCCGUGCUCGGCUGGCUUCUGGUCAUCCACCUCCUGGUCAACGUGUGGCUUCUGUGCCUUCUGUCUGCCUUGCUGGUGGUCCUCGGAGGAUGGCUGGGCUCCGACGCCAUCGUGGGGGCUUCAGGUCGGCUGCACCUGGAACGCUUCAUCCCGAUGGCCACGUCCCCCCCAAGCCCGGAGGCAGAGCGGCAGCUGGAGCAGGAGAUCGACCGCACUCUCCGGAUGAUCAUGCGGGACUUCGUGUCGUCGUGGUACCGCACGGUGAGCCAGGAGCCAGCCUUCGAGGAGGAAAUGGAGGCGGCCAUGAGAGGGUUGGUCCAGGAGCUCCGGAGGAGGAUGGCCAUGGUGGACAGGCAUGCUCUGGCCCAGAGGGUUCUGACUCUCUGCGGUUGUCACCUGCAGAGCUAUAUUCAGGCAAAGGAGGCCACGGCAGGGCAGCAGAGUGGCACAGUGGAGCCCUCCCAGCUCUGGGAAGCUUACUGCCGGGUCACCGCCCCACAUCCUGCUGUACAGAGUCCCAGCGCUGAGGUCACCUAUACACGUGGCAUCGUGAACGCGGUGCUUCAAGGACUGGUGCCAAAGCCCCACUUGGAGACCCGGACCGGUCGCCAUGUAGUGGUGGAACUCAUUACUUGCAAUGUAAUCUUACCACUGACCAGCAAGCUCUCAGAUCCUGACUGGAUCCACCUUGUACUAGUGGGCAUCUUUUCCAAGGCCAGAAAUAAUCCGGAAGAAGUGGUGAAACCACUCUGCCCGGCCAGUGCCCUGGAACAGCCCUCGGUGCCCACAUCUCUGCCUCUGACUGUUGAGGAACAGAGCCCACCAGAGGUGAGCGCUCCGUCUCCAGCAGCAGCCCCCCUGCUCCUCAACUGUAGUGAGCCAGAGGGGCCUCCACACCCCUCCCCAGAAGUUGAAGAAGGCUGUGAAGCACUUGAGGGAGACUUGGGGGAAGUACUGGAAGAAAGAAAAGUUGGAAACAACUCUUCUCAUUUCCUGCAGCCAGAUAUUCGAGGCCCCCUGUUCUUGUGUGACGACACAGAGCUGGAGUCCCCGUUGUCUGAACUGGGCAAAGAAACCAUCAUGCUCAUGACCCCAGGCAGCUUCCUCUGUGACAGGAUCCAGGACACCCUGUGUGCCCUAGGAGGUUCCCAGUCCCUGGAGUCUAAGGACGGUGAGAGAGCCAGAGGAAUUGAAGGGGCAGAAGCUGAGGAGGGUCCAGGAACAGAAGCGGAGACAGGCCUGCUUGUCUCCAUGCUGAACUCCUGCCCAGAGAUCCAGAUUGACGCAGCAGACAAGGAGGCAGAGCAAGGAGAUGUCACCUCUCAAACAACUUUGCUGGCCAGUCCGGAAAGGACGUGCCCUUCACGACCCUCGUGCUUAGAGAAAGAUCUCACCGAUGGUGUGAGCUCCCUAGAUCCUAGUCUGCCACAGGUUCUGCUUUCCUCCUCCCCACCUGGUCCCCUCAGCUCAGCCACCUUCAGCUUUGAGCCCCUCAGCAGUCCAGACGGCCCUGUUGUCAUCCAGAACCUUCGUAUCACCGGCACCAUCACUGCUCGCGAGCACAGUGGCACCGGGUUCCACCCGUACACGCUCUACACGGUGAAGUACGAGACGGCCCUGGACGGCGAGAGCAGCGGCGGCCUGCAGCAGCUGGCCUACCACACCGUCAACCGCCGCUACCGCGAGUUCCUGAACCUGCAGACCCGCCUGGAGGAGAAGUCAGAUCUACGAAAGUUCAUCAAAAAUGUGAAGGGUCCUAAAAAGCUCUUUCCAGACCUUCCAUUUGGAAACAUGGAUAGUGACCGAGUGGAAGCCCGCAAGAGCCUCUUGGAAUCAUUCCUAAAGCAACUCUGCGCCAUUCCUGAGCUCGCUAACAGCGAGGAGGUGCAGGAGUUCCUUGCCCUGAACACAGACGCGCGCAUCGCCUUCGUCAAGAAACCGUUCGUGGGCUCCCGGAUAGACAAGACCGUGGUGAGCGCGAUCGUGGACACCUUGAAGACAGCAUUUCCUCGCUCCGAGCCCCAGAGCCCCACCGAGGAGCUGAGUGAGGCAGAGACAGAAAACAGACUCCAGACAGAAGGCAAGAAGGCCAGCAAGUCCAGACUGAGGUUCUCAUCCAGUAAAAUGUCUCCAGCACUGAGUAUCAGUGAGACACACGAGAAGAUUCUCUACUGUUUCCGGGAAGGCGGUGUGGAGUCAGAGAUCCUCUCCACAUCUGGGAUGGAAUCCUUUAUUGAAAAACAGACGAAGUUACUCGAGAUGCAGCCAGUGGAUGCCCCAGGGAAAGAUUCUGAGCAAAUCUCCAAAGGGUGCGUGGCUGGUCACGUGUCGGACGCAGCCGUGCCAGCCCAAGACCUCAGCAGCAGUGACCAAGGAACAGAGACGGAGUUGGCUGACACAGCCCUGGAUCUGCUGCUUUUGCUGCUGAUGGAGCAGUGGAGAUGGCUGUGUACGGAAAACAUGCGGAAAGUUCUUCAUCUCCUCUUUGGGACGCUAAUUCAGAGGUGGCUGGAGGUGCAGGUCGCUAACCUGACGAGUCCGCGGCGCUGGGUGCAGUACCUCCGGCUUCUUCAGGAGUCCGUCUGGCCUGGUGGGGUUUUGCCUAAGGGUCCUCGGCCCGUGAGGACCCAGGAGCAGAAGGUGGCUGCUGAGAAGCAGGCUUUGCAGAGCCUGAUGGGAGUCCUGCCAGACGUCGCAGUGGAGAUCCUCGGGGUGAACAGGUGCCGCCUGGGCUGGAGCCUGGUCCUGGAGUCGCUGCAGCAGCCGCUCAUCGACAGGCACUUGGUUUACUGCCUUUGGGACGUCAUCCUGGAAUUCUUGGAUCUUAGCGCCUGUGCUGAGGGGUCUCCCACAGCCGCCUCUGCCUCAGAUCCACCCGGCAAACCCAAGAAGACGGGUGUCUCCUCUUAGCCGGAGAUGAUUCACCCAUCUCUUCAAAGGUUAGGGAGGAGAGCUGCCUGCUACCCAGGGACCGGUCAGGGGGCCUGUGCCCUCCAGAACAGGGCUGUGAGUCAGGGGGCCUGGGUCUCAGCAGCACAGUUCUCCCCCCACCUCCCCUCCUUGUAGCAGGCAAUGGGGGGAUAUGUACCAGCUGCACACGUAUCCAUUCCCAUGCCUGUUUGAUGGUGUUUGAGUAGUUGCUGGUGUCGGUCCUGCUCCCUUUGGAAAAGGAAGCCGUGAGUCGAGGGGCAAGCCCUUUUUGCCCUCCUCUCUAAGACUGCUCGCCGGUAGCCUGGCUCUGUGCACGUGUGUGCCUGAUCCGCCGGCGCAGGCCCCAGACAGACCAGGGGAGAACCGACAGCCAGCUUCCCUUGGAGGAGAAGACAGUCUUCUGAGUUCUCCGUUCCCACCAGGACACUGGAAAGCCGUGCAGGGCUGCUCUAGAAAGCCAGAGCCCGGGUCCUCGCGGUUUCCCAGCAGUCUCACAACAGGGAGGGGGCGCUUCCUACUGCUCACUGGCUGUUGUCCAGCACGUCAGCUCUGCUGAGGAUGUCACUGAAGGCUGCUUCCCUGGGUGGCUACCCUUUUCCUGUCUAGAGACGUCAAAGCUCCAGUAGACCCACCCCACCCUCCACACCCCUUCCUGAAAGACUGCACCACAGAUUUUAUUAGCUUGCUUUCUAACUCCUUUCCCAAGAGCGGUUGAGUUUUGGCCUUUGUGGCCUCCUUUGUCUUUCUUGAGCAAAAUAACAUGGCGAGUUGCGUAUCCAGCCCAAUGCUCCCCGAUGGGACGGGGAGCACUCGCUCCGCGGCUGAGAACGGCCAGAGCAGUGGGGGUUCUGUCUUCACAAGUGCCUGGCAGGGACCUUUCCUUUUGAACUGAUAAUAUUAGCAAACUUGCAGGGAAUUGAUUACCCACAAAAAGCUUUUAACUUCCUGUUCCUUCGGGAUCUGAUUAGUCUUUAAGAACGCCAGUGGUGACAGCAAAGUUGCAGCGUCCACUAGAAAGAUGGGCCACUUGGAGAAAUCAGUGAGAAAGGAGGGUCGUUGAGCCAGGAGGCAGGCUGCCGCUGCCCGAGAAACGCGCAUGCGCACUGACGAGGUCUGUGGUACCCCUGAGGACCCGCUCACCCCAUUCUGUUAGCGUGCACCUGCUGGGCACCACCUGCCUCCCCCGAACUGUGCAUCCCCUCGACCUGAGCAGGGUCUUGAGGUUAGACUGGUGAGAACAGGGUGGGCCUGGAGCAAGCGUCAGGGUUCUCCUAGACUCCGAAGUGGGUGACACACACAGUUAAAGCUGUUCAUGGGAGAAAGUUGUGAAAUCUUUACUUUUUCCCCGCAUCCUGUGUGUUCUGAUGUAAAUGGGAGGCUUCGGAGUACUGCUGUUGCCUAAGGCAAGGGGUGAAUGAGGUCGUGCCCUUCUAGCCUUAAACACUGACUGUUGCAAUGACUUGACGGCUCCGAAGUUCUCACUGCAUCUCCCACCCUGACACUCCCGGGAGAAGCAGCUCAAUGUCUCUGCCUUUGGUUGGUAAAUGUCUGCAGGGGGCAGGGGGCAGGGGUCCAGCCGCCACUGCAGCCGCUCCCCCCUCCCGUCAGGGCCACCGAGCUCCUCGGGACUCCCCAUACUUUGCUGUCCUGUGCACUUGCCACCUGUAUCGCUCUGCAGCUCUGCUACUGUUCUGACCCAGAUGUGGCACAAAACCAGUACACAAGCCGAUACACUAUAAAUCUCCUGUGACUGUAAAUUCUAAGGAGAAUACUGGCACUUCCAAUCCAAAGAAAGCUUCCUUGUAUCUCAUGUUGUGAGAGACCCCACCUCUACGCUCUCUGUCCCUGAAAGAUAAGCUGUCCUCAGGCCCCUCUUCUACCCAGAAGGGAAAUAGUGGAUAUCGUCAAGGAAGUAACCAAAACCCAUCUGGCUUUGGAACGACCUGCCAGGUUGAGGUAGCAGACCCAGACCACAAGGGAGGCCAGCGUUGGGGAGAGAGCCGUCGGUGUCGCAGCUGAGAGAGGGAGUGAUGAAUGAAGGAUUGGACCUGCACUGACCCAGAACACUCGUCAGUCUUCUGCCCCACCCCCAGCCCACUCAUUUGCAGCCCCCACCCUGCUGUGCUUGUGGCACCCAACAGCAGUGUCGGGUCCCUCGCAACCUGCUGUUUCUCCUCAUCUCUACUGCACUGGAGCAAAGACGUGUUUUCUUAGGAUGAGGAGAGGAAGGUUAGCCAAGGCUGCAGGACACAGGUGGGAAUGGGAACCAGGGCGGGGGCAGCAGCAGCUGGGGAGGAAGGGAAACCGUGAUGCUGUUGUCUUUGGAGCCCAGCUGGGCACACUCUGCCCUAACUUGGCACCUCUGUUUCCUUUCCACUGGGAGUGCCAGAACGCACAGGGCAGUGCUUCUCACACUGCUGUGUGGACCAGAGAACAAAACCACUGGAGGGUGGAUCUUGGCCAGCAACCCUCCGUCACUGCUCUGUGGUAUAAAGGCUGAGGAUGCCUUUCAGGAGAGAGCCGGGGUGGGGGGGAGCCACCCGAAUGCUACUCCCACCCUGAGGCCUGUGUGAUGUUUCUGAGGACAGAGACGCAGUGUUUGGUAAACACAUACUCACAAGAACGAACCCAGAAGAGAGUGUGAGGCAAGAAGCCAGGGCAGGCCCUUCCCCUGCUGCGAGCCGGCAGUGCGGCAGUGGGGCCGAGGCGGCACGCGGCGGGGACCUGGCACCACAGUCCCCGGCAGGUGCGCUGUGCGGCUCGUGGGCCUGCCGAACCUUCCUCUCACUUCUCACCUGUCUCUGGUCUGAAACGCGUUUGCACUCGGCUUUUUCGGAAGCGAAAACAAGCAUGUAACUCAAUAGCGAGAACUGCUGGCUUGGAUGUCACCGACGGGACACACACCUCAGCUGUUGAGACCUUACCCGCGGGCGCGUCUGUGAGUCCCUCGCACGCUGCUUCCAGGACGUAGAGAGCUGGGAGGAAAAAAGUCAAAACAGAAAAGUGAUAGAAUCAAGACCCAAACUUAGAAGACAUUUCUUAAGUGACAUUAUUUACUCAUUUUAACCCCAAACAGACCUCUUUGUCACGUCAGCGUUUGCUUAGGAAACGCAAGCUCGUUUUAGUGUUAAAGUGCCGUAAAGCUUAGGAAGGUCUGUGGCUUCAGUGUCAAUAACCCGUACUUUGACUUCUUUCCCUUCCCCACGUGUUCCCUACGACCGCUGCACCCGAUUCGAAUGAGCGGUGGAGGGGUGGCCAUUUGGAUUAAUCAGCCAGGGUGAAGACACAGGUGAACGCAGAGGCCAGAGGCUGCAGGGGUGAAGGCACCAGCGUGGCCACAGGAGCCGCGCCCUCCCCGCGUUGCUGCGCGGCCCGGGGCUCCGCUGAAGGACCGCUCUGCCCCGUGGCUGUCUGAAGGUUAGCCAGGACUUAGCAACAUGUCUGCAUCUUGUAGCGCGCCAUUAGGGAGGAGAGACCUUAUUAAAGACUUUUUUCCUAGAGUUUAUAACCUUUACAAAUACAAGGAGUCCAAAUUCAACAAAGUGACGGCAAGCCAGCUGCUUUGAAGAACAGCGAGGGCACCUUUCGUUGAGGCUUCGUGCGUCUGCAGGAGACGUGGGCUUGGUCGCAGUAGGACUUCACUUGGCGGCAGAAUGUAUUGAGACAGGUUCUACAGAAAUCCGGGGGCUUGUGUUCUGCUACUUCCGGCCUCUGUCCUUUGGCACAUGCUCUUCCCUGCAAGUAGGCCACCUCCCUCCCUCCAGCUGGACACACAGGCAGCUGCUCUCAGAGCCAGUUCCAUUUCCACCUUCUCCUCGAAGCUUUGUCUGUCUGUGCAGCCCGGACUCCCCUUCCUGCCAGUUACUGCCUGCCUCUCAGAUCAGUGGGCUUCCGCGUGGGGCCUUCAGCAAGAGGGAACUGGGAGAGUUCUGUCCGCUCUUCUCUCAUUAUACCCCUUUGCCUCAACCCUCCUGUGUACCUGGUGCAAAGUCGUGUGGAAUAAAUGCUGAUGCUCACCUAA